CUCCAUCCCUCCUGUGCUGGUGGUUUCGUGGCUUCUGGUUCCUUGUUUGCCUGAUUUCAACCAUCUUGGAUGUUGUCCAGAGUGUCCGGGGACCUGGCAUAAGCUGGAUACUCAUCAAGCAAGAAUAGGAACGACCCCGGUGGAUGGGUCAACGCGUCUUCUAAUCUCAGCAAACAGGUUGGUCGGUCUCGCACGAUACGCAUCAGGGAACGACCAUGCCGCCCCUGACCACGGUUAUUGCGAUAGCUGUCAGCUGCGCAGUCAUCUUCAUCGUCUCUGCCAUAGUGGCCACCGUCAUCUGGAUCAGAGUCCGUCGAGAUCGCCUGUCGCUGGCAGUGGCAUCCGCGAAGAACGGCCGCUUAGCCUUGCAGUACCAUGCAGAGACGCUGACCGAACUUUCACGGGAAGAGGGCACCGCGCUACGACAGUAUGGACAGCUCCCGUAUGGCAAGCCGUCCGAAUGGGGAGUCCUCUCCUCUCGCGAGAGUCUGGCACAAUCCCCAGUGGACUCGGAAAUGUCUUCUCCUUUGAUCGAAAAGGCCCGUGAUCUCCGCCGCUCGCUCUCUCGCUCCCUUUCCGCCCGAUCUGGGCGACAUUCAAGGAACUUUCUGGGGCCUCAACGUCUCAGUUCGCUGUCCCCACUGACGGAGAGAUCGGAGAAGCGAUACUCUGGUUCACCCACCGUCUCGGGAAUCGAUGAGGGCGUGGUGAGCUCCGCAGUCGAGGGGGCCUUUGAGCUGCCAACGGAGACUACGCCUAGACAUACACCAGACCGAGAGGAGGACCAGGCGAGGGCAGAACUCUCCAUUCGGCCCGUUUCGGGAGGGUGGCCCUUGAUGCAUCACAGAGAGCGCUCCGGGAGCUUGUACCCGCUCAUGGAAGAUUACCAGGAAGGCUUCCACCCACCUUACACCAGGGUGCGAGGAGGGAGCAUAACUGCUCAGACAUCCGGAAGCGCACCCGAGCAACCAGUACCACCGCCCCCGUGUGCGUAUCCGCCCAACCGCUUCCGUCUCUCGAAGAAUGACUCGAUCUGUCUCUCGUCGCUCAGCCUCGAAACCGCCGACAGCUCCAUCCUGGACGACAGUAGAAGGACCUCGACCAACAUCGAUAGUGACUUCACCUCGCCAGCACUGCCCCCUUGUCCGACGUUCGCGCCGUUUGAUGCCAACGAUGUUGGGCGGAUGGAGUAUGACCGCAGGAGCUUUGUGACACCCAGUUCAGUCGUACCAGCCCCUUUCAUCUUUCCUGCGUCGUCUUGUGCUGUGUGGGAAGGACAGAAAAUAGAAUCUUCUCCAGACCGCACAUCUCCUCGCCGCAGUCUCACAGCACGCAGCCCGACUCAUUCAAUGGAACGCAUCAGCCCGCCUCCUCGGAGAAGCGAGUCUUUGUCCGAAAACAGGACCAAGCGGGAUUCGUCCCUAUGGGUGAAACCCCUGGAUCUGAACCGCGCGCCUCCGCUUAGUGCAGUAGGUCGCAAUGUAGGCUUGCUGCCGCAUUUCAGUCAGAUGCAGCGGCACACAAUGCACGGCGACCAGCGAAGAGACCAUGAUCCUUUCUACAGCGGCGCGGGCAAUUUCACUACGCCCAAUGGUCAGCCGCGAAAGAGGGCCACGAGUGCCUUGAUCCAGGACACUUCCAUGCAGAUCUCGACCGUCCAUCCCAAGCCGCCUCUACCGUCUGCAUUGAAGGGAGGCAGUGGCUCUCGCAAGGGCCACAGGCGGCAGAACUGCGUGCGGAUCUCCAUCCAUCCGCCAAUCACGUUCGGGGGCUCUGUCUUUUCUCCUACGGCUGAAGAGCCAGAACUCGAAGAGAAUGAUCGGCGUCGAUCACAGGGUUCUGGAUUGUUGACGCCUCAUGUGUCACUGGACUCCACCGUAUCCAAUCUUUCUAUGGGUAGAAAUAGCUACCAGAACCAGCUGAAAGACCGACCACGAAUCACCGAGAUUCCUAGUGAUGAGCCACGCAACUCUUACACAGCGCCACCAAGGAAACGAAGGCACGCGCCUGCUGAUUCCAAAGACAGCACUCUGAGCAUUGAGAAGAUGUUGCCAGAGGUCGUGACGACGCUACUGCCCCCCAAGAUUGAUACGAGCCUGUCGAGCACCCCGUCCUCCGAACAGAACAGCCCGGUAUGGAUGAUUCCCAAUUACAACAGCUCGCCGACCACGCACGAGAAUGCUUCUAGCCCUGGCAGCCCACGCCGCUCAGCAGUCAAGGGACCGCGCCACCCACCGGCAAAGUCCGCAGCACGCAGCAGCUACCGUUCCAUGAACCCGCUCGAGGACAGCGCCAAGUCGCCCUCCAGUCCACCCGUUCGUUUCUCGCGCCCUCAGAGCACCAGGAGAGAGCCAACACGCAAAACGUCCGAUCCGCUCCGAGCGAAGAACGACAAAGAAGUGGCAGCCGCACACCCCAACAGACGGCCGAGCCGCAAGGGCCCACAGCAGCAACGACCAUCGUCGGCCGGUGUCCCGAAACCGCCUCACGCAAACAGCGGGAUAAUUGUUCCCAUCUGGGAAGACAAGGCCAUGGACCGCAAGGCACCAACUCGAUCGACGUCCGUCGGCAGCGAACCCGCCGAGCUCCAGGGCGACUCAUCCCCCACCCGAACGGAACGGGCCAAGAGCCAGAGGUCGCCGCCAAAAUCGAGCCACCGGGCCAGACAGGAAUUCCGGACGCCGACGAAGAAGACAGUAGGGUUGGGAAUCGGGGCGGCCACCCCGGCCAGUCUGUAUGAUGGAGAUGGAUUUCUGAAAGAGUAGACUAAAGGGUUUGGUGAGGGCGUUUUUAUUUGUUACUUUCAGUUCCUUAGCUUGGUUAGCAUGCGGGCGUGUCCGAUAUCCACUGUAAAG